AUGGGAGACCAGCAUAACCAGGGGCAGCAGGGCGCUGAGGGAACCAAGCCUCAUCAGCCUUUCUACCAGCCCCAACCAGGCGAACUGAAUGGUCCGGGCAUCGAAUCCGGGGAGUUUAGCGCAUUGUUCGACUACGAUGCCUAUGCCAUGGCGCAAAACCAUGGGCAGGAUUAUGCUGUCGACAACAUGAACGUCGAUUUUGGAAACAAUGAGCAGGGCUUCGAUAUGAACAUGAACAUGCUCAACAUGAAUGAUGGAACCGGCCAACCUGGCUUCCAAGUCCAGGACCAGAACCAGAACCUGUUCUCCAACCCCUUCGCGGACCAGAAUCAACCCGCGCAGGUUCAGUGCCCCGUGCUGAAUACAGCAUCAUACAACAACGCGCCAGCCAUGGAUUCUGGCGUCCCCGACGACGACAUUGACCCUCGGCUGAGAGUGCCGCAGGAUGACGGAUUAGCAGCUGGCCCAGACGCAGAGGGUCAGGCAAAUGUGCAAUUCCCUGCACAGCAGCUCCGUUUUCCCUUUGCCGGGCCUCAGCUUCCACCCCAACAGGGGUACUUGAACCCUUCCGUCGGUGCUGUUGAGGACAACUCCCCAGCCGGUCAAGACAACCAUCCGCCUCUGGAAGUCUUCAUGUCAGGUCCUGCGCCCUCGCCCAAGUCGUUUCCCACAGCAGGCCUUACAAACCCUGUUGAAUCCAGCGUAGGUUCCCGCCGCAAGCGCCCCCUCAAACCCGGCCGCAACAAGGAGAGCGUCGUCCCGACAGAGUCCCCGUCGAAGAAGAGGAAGGCUAGCCCUAGUGGUCACAACCGGAGCCAAAGUCUUGUGCAGCCGCAAGACCACAACAACCACAAUGACAGCAACAAUUCUGCCGUCCGUGAGAAGAGGUCUGCCACCGUCGGCUCCAGCAGGAACCCAGGUGGCUUGCCAGUACAGUUCAAAGGUCACCUUUCCGAGCCCGGUCCCCGUGUUCCUCCCCACAACUUUUCCUCUGGUCUCCACCGCGGCCAUCACCAAGGCCAUCACCCCGUUGACCCUCGUGCCGUUCUUAACGUCACAUAUGGCACCAACCACCCCGUUCCGAUCCUGCCCAAGCCUACUUCCCGGCGAGAGCGUCUGAGGAACGCGCUCCAGAAAAUUCACAACAAUCCCAUGACGGCCUGGAGAAGGAUGCCCGGCGGAAUGCGCCAUGACUUCCUCAAGGAGCUGGUGUUGGUCCAGGAUCGCGGUGUUGAGUGCCUCACGCAGUGGGAGCAAGACUUGCUGAUGAAGAGCAGGGAAGAAGAGCAUCAAAUGGUGAUGGUGUACCGCGAGAUUGCGAAGGACACGGACAGGGAGCUGCGGGAUCUCAUGGAGAAGCAUUCCCGCUUGGUGUAUGAUUUCGAAGAGGCCGGGCGAUCCAUCACCUGGUUGAGGCAGCAGGUCCUCACCUUGGGAUCCAUCGCCAAAAGGAAUGAACUCGACAUGCACCGAAUGAUGACCAGGAUCACAGAUCUGGGGAGGAGUCAUCUGAGACUGCACCACAUUCUGGAUGAGAGGGUUCACAUCCUUAAUUGGAAGGUGGAUAGAAAGGUUCGGGAGUUGGAGGAGGCGGUUGAGAAGUUGAAGCUGGGGAAGGAAGGGUCACAGAAUGAGCACUAG